UGGACAUUUCCUACGGCUGCUUUUUAAAACUAACUUUAAAGUUUGAAUUCCCGAGUUUAGACGAAAACUGACCGACGGGUGGAAUAGUAAUUUUGUUCUGCAUUUAUUAUUUGAAGUAGCUGUCCUUGGAGCUCAACUGUGUUCAAGUCUAAACGCAGGAGGACAAAGCAGGACGUAAAGUCGCCACUCAUCCCUGCAAGAUGUUAGCCUCGAGUAUUUUGGCUAAUUUCUGUACGGAACACAACGACGACCAAACGCAGAGAGUGGACAAAUACCUGCACCAUUUUAAUCUGUCAGAUGCGACUUUAAUGGAUUUGUCAAUAAGAUUUCGCCGAGAGAUGGACAAAGGCCUGGGCAGAGACACCAACCCCACAUCUGCUGUCAAGAUGCUGCCCACGUUUGUGCGCUCCACUCCUGAUGGAACAGAGCAAGGUGAAUUCCUGGCACUCGAUCUUGGCGGAUCAAACUUCCGGGUGCUGCUGGUCAAAGUUAUGGCGAACGGCAAGCAAGAGGUGGAGAUGGAAAAUCAGAUUUAUGCCAUUCCUGAACACCUCAUGAGAGGCAGCGGGUCAGAGUUAUUCGACCACAUUGCUGAUUGCCUGGCUAAUUUUAUGGAGAAGUUUGGCAUAAAGGAUAAAAAGCUUCCUCUGGGCUUCACCUUCUCGUUUCCCUGCCAGCAGACCAAGUUGGAUGAGAGUGUGUUGGUGUCCUGGACCAAACGCUUCAAGUCAAAUGGAGUAGAAGGAAAAGAUGUGGUCAGCCUUCUGAGGAAAUCCAUCAAAAAACGAGGGGACUUUGACGUGGACAUUUUGGCUGUGAUCAAUGACACCGUAGGAACUAUGAUGACGUGUGGCUACGAUGAUCAUCACUGUGAAAUUGGACUCAUUGUGGGAACGGGGACCAAUGCCUGCUACAUGGAGCAGAUGAGGAACCUGGAGCUGCUGGACGGGGAUGAGGGCCAGAUGUGUGUUAAUACAGAGUGGGGCGCUUUUGGAGACGAUGGUUCCCUGGAGGACCUGCGCACCGAUAUCGACCGUGAAAUAGAUGCGGGCUCUCUGAACCCUGGCAAGCAGCUGUUUGAGAAGAUGAUCAGCGGCCUGUACAUGGGGGAACUGGUGCGUCUCAUCCUGUUGAGGAUGACCAAAGAGAAGCUGCUAUUCCAGGGCAAGACGACAGCAGAGCUCCUCACCACCGGGAGCUUCAACACCAGCUACAUCUUUGACAUUGAGAAUGAAAAGGACAAGGAAGGUCUGGCGAGCACGGAGAAAGUGCUCCGGGACCUGGGUCUGGACCCGUCUGUUGAGGACUGCAUCACCACUCAGAGGGUGUGUCAGAUAGUAUCCACACGAGCUGCACACUUGUGUGCUGCCACUCUCGUGGCAGUGCUGCGGCAGAUCCGGGACAACAAAGCAGCUGAGAAGCUGCGGACCACUAUUGGAGUGGAUGGCUCCGUUUACAAAAACCACCCAGAGUUUCCCAGGAGGCUCCACAAGAUGGUACGCAGACUUGUGCCAGACUGUGAUGUGCGUUUCUUGCAGUCGCAGUGUGGCAGUGGGAAAGGUGCAGCCAUGGUGACGGCGGUAGCCUACCGCCUCGCCGCUCAACAUGCUGAGCGUCAGCUUAUCCUCGACACAUUGCGCUUGAGCCGUGAAAAUCUGCUGGAGGUGAAGAAGCGAAUGAGUGAGGAAAUGGUGCGAGGCCUGUCAAAAGAAACCCACGAGCAGGCGAGCGUGAAGAUGCUGCCGACCUUUGUCAGAGACACUCCAGAUGGAACAGAGCAUGGCGACUUCUUGGCCUUGGAUUUUGGGGGUUCCAGCUUUCGGGUGCUGCUGGUGCGAGUGAGAAGUGGAAAAGGUCACAAUGUGGACAUGCACCACAAGAUCUACACUAUCCCACAGGAGACGAUGCAGGGCACUGGGGAAGAACUGUUCAGCCACAUUGUAUUCUGCAUCUCUGACUUUCUGGAGUACAUGGGCAUGGCAGGAGCAUCCUUACCUCUGGGGUUUACAUUCUCCUUCCCCUGUCAUCAAAGCAAGCUGGAUCAGGGCAUUCUUCUGAACUGGACAAAGGGGUUCAAAGCCAGUGGCUGUGAGGGACAGGAUGUCAUUACAUUACUGAAAGAGGCUGUGCACCGCAGACGGGAAUUUGACUUGAACUUUGUGGCUGUGGUUAAUGACACCGUGGGAACCAUGAUGACCUGCAGCUAUGAGGACCCCCAAUGUGAAGUGGGACUCAUUGUGGGCACGGGGACUAAUGCGUGCUUCAUGGAGGAAAUGCAGAACAUCGAGCUGGUGGAGGGGAAUGAUGGCCGCAUGUGUGUCAACAUGGAGUGGGGAGCAUUUGGUGACAAUGGCGUACUUGAUGACUUCUGCACCGAGUUCGAUCACAUUGUCGAUAAUUGCUCAACCAAUCCUGGGAAACAGAGGUAUGAGAAGAUGAUCAGUGGCAUGUACCUGGGGGAGGUCGUGAGGAACGUGCUGCUAGAUUUCACCGCCAAGGGCUUGCUGUUCAGAGGGAAACUGUCCGAGCGACUCAAGACCCAGUGCAUCUUCGAGACUAAGUUCCUGUCACAGAUUGAAAGUGACCGCCUGGCCAUGCGACAGGUCCGCUCCAUCCUGCAGCACCUGGGCCUCACGAGCUCCACGUGUGACGACAGCGUGCUGGUGAAGGAGGUGUGCAGUGUGGUUUCGCGCCGCGCCGCCCAGCUCUGUGGCGCCGGUUUAGCUGCCGUGAUCGACAAGAUGCGAGAGAACCGCAACCUGAAUCAGCUCUCCAUCACCGUGGGAGUGGACGGCACCCUUUACAAGACGCACCCUCAUUUCUCCAGCAUCAUGCAAGAGACGUUGCAGGAUUUGGCGCCGCAGUGCCAGGUGACCUUCCACAAGUCGGAGGAUGGAAGUGGGAAGGGAGCAGCGCUGAUCACAGCUGUGGCCUGUAGGAUGAAGAGUGAAGGCCAGCACUGAAUCGUCUCCACUGCGGUGGACAAGUGGAACCGGAUCUACCACUACUGAGGUCACCAACAUGAAGUUACCAACAGCUGGCCUGAGUUUAGAACUUUAGUACGGAAAUGUUGAAUUUGACUUUUUCUGGGUGUGUUUUCACAUCCACACAUGUGCAUGUUAGUUGUUUGUGUUCCUAAUACAUAAUUAUUGUGUUUGCCGACAUUGCAGGGGACGGUGGAGAAUAAUUAUAGAAAUGACAGUUUAAGUUGUGUGUGAGAGAAGAUGCAGCUGCUGUGAAAUAUGUCUGUUACAAGAUGUGGAGCUCUUUUGGGUGUGUUUUUUACACUCCAGCAGGUUUCCACCCGGCUUAAUUCAUUUUUUAAAUUUUUUAAAUGAAGUUAAUCUGUUUACUUUUAACCUUUGCAUAAGUUAAGUUUAGAAUCGUUUAUUCAUACUGCGACUUUUUGGCAUCUGAAGUCACAAAGUGCCUCACAGUAAAAGUCGAAAGCACGACCAUAAAAUAAACAGAACCAGGAAACGACUCACAACCUGACAUUGUGGUAAUUUGGUCCAGAAGAUGAGCCAUGUCUGCAAUAUGUUUGUAUUUAGAAUAUUUUGUUCUAUAAUGCUUUUCAAUUUUUGUUUGAUUUAGUUUCACAUCAAUUUUAAGAAUGAUUGUAAGAUUUUAUUUUAAAUACUCUUUUGUGAAGUUAUAAACUUUUACUUAAUUGUUAUCAAAUUUAAAUGUGUUGCUCUCCAUCUCUUCACUGAAAUUAAAAAUAAAAGUCUAUCUAGAAUGACUGCACUAAGAUAAAACAAUGACAUUAAAUGAAAGGUUUAUUCAUAGA